ACCGCCCCAACAGUACCGGUAUAAAAGCACGUUGCGGGCCUGAAUCCGGUCCUUUUAUCUACGGCUCUGACCCAGAGAGAAUCUGCGGCUUAUUGCUAACUUCAACUGUAGUGAAAAACAACCACCAUGGGGAAGGAAAAGACCCACAUCAACAUCGUCGUUAUCGGACACGUCGACUCGGGUAAAUCCACCACCACCGGCCACCUCAUCUACAAAUGCGGGGGUAUCGACAAGAGGACCAUCGAAAAAUUCGAGAAGGAGGCAGCUGAGAUGGGAAAGGGCUCCUUCAAGUAUGCCUGGGUGUUGGACAAGCUGAAGGCUGAGCGUGAGCGUGGUAUCACCAUUGACAUCUCCCUCUGGAAGUUUGAGACCAGCAAAUACUAUGUCACCAUCAUUGAUGCUCCCGGCCACAGAGAUUUCAUCAAGAACAUGAUCACCGGGACCUCGCAGGCUGACUGUGCUGUGCUGAUUGUUGCCGGAGGUGUUGGUGAGUUUGAAGCCGGUAUCUCUAAGAACGGACAGACCCGUGAACACGCCCUCCUGGCCUACACUCUGGGUGUGAAGCAGCUCAUCAUUGGCGUCAACAAGAUGGACUCCACUGAGCCACCCUACAGCCAGAAACGUUACGAGGAAAUCACCAAGGAAGUCAGCGCCUACAUCAAAAAGAUUGGCUACAACCCUGCCACUGUGGCCUUUGUGCCCAUCUCUGGCUGGCAUGGAGACAACAUGCUGGAGCCCAGCGCAAACAUGCCCUGGUUCAAGGGAUGGAAGGUUGAGCGUAAGGAGGGCAAUGCCAACGGCACCACCCUGCUAGAGGCGCUGGACUCCAUCAUCCCUCCCCAGCGCCCCACAGACAAGCCCCUGCGUCUGCCCCUGCAGGAUGUCUACAAGAUCGGAGGUAUUGGAACUGUACCCGUGGGCCGUGUGGAGACUGGUACCCUGAAGCCUGGCAUGAUCGUCACCUUUGCCCCUGCCAAUGUGACCACUGAAGUCAAGUCUGUGGAAAUGCACCACGAGACCCUGGCCGAGGCUCUUCCCGGAGACAACGUUGGCUUUAACGUCAAGAACGUGUCUGUCAAGGACAUCCGUCGUGGCAACGUGGCUGGAGACAGCAAGAACGACCCACCUGGUGAGGCUGGCAGCUUUCUUGCCCAGGUUAUCAUUUUGAACCACCCUGGUCAGAUCGCAGCUGGUUACGCUCCAGUGCUGGAUUGCCACACUGCUCACAUUGCCUGCAAGUUCGCUGAGCUCAGGGAGAAGAUUGACCGUCGUUCCGGUAAGAAACUGGAAGACAACCCCAAGUUUGUGAAGUCUGGAGAUGCUGCCAUUGUGAACAUGAUCCCUGGGAAACCCAUGUGUGUGGAGAGCUUCUCCAGCUACCCUCCCCUCGGUCGUUUCGCUGUGCGUGACAUGAGGCAAACGGUCGCUGUCGGUGUCAUCAAGUCCGUCGAAAAGAAGGCACCCAGCACAGGCAAAGUCACCAAGUCUGCUGAGAAAGCCGCUAAAAAGAAAUGAACUACCAUCUCCUGGACUGUCCGAUUUCGUUCUGGGUCUCAAUCGCAGCCGGAAACCACCUCUUGGACCCUGUUCUCUCUCAUUAAGGACUGGCUAAUGCUGAUUAAAACCCAUCGAAAGAGUUUUCGCAGGAAAGGACAGUUCAGACCUAAUUAAUUAAGGGAGGGGGGGAGGGGGGGAGUGCCAUUCUGUUCCUUAAAUACCAACACACUGUGAAACAAAUCGCAAAAAUUAGGGGUUUUUGUUUCUAAAAAAUUGGAUUAGUUGUAAGGAACCAUUCUGUUUUCUAGUUUUCUACAAGACUUGGAAACGAAUAAAAAUGAGCACACUA